GAACUUCUCUCUCCAGGCAAUCACCUUUUCAACCUCUCUUUGCCGAUCAUAACACCCAUUGAUCGUUCAUUCUCGCCAUCGGAACCUUUUUUGCUACUUCCUCGUCAUCCAGAAACUCGCUCCUUUUCCGUCCUUUACUCUCUUUGAUCGCCGAUAAGCCCAGGCCCAGUCUUGUUUGCCAUCGGAUCAACACGCGAUAGCCACGACUUCACACGGCAUCUGGUUCUUGGGACACAUCUAGACGCCAUCAUCUGUGUUCCCUUUCUUCCUCUCGCUCUCCCGUUCAUCGUCCCUCGGACCUCGCCCUCGCCUCAGCCGAAAUGUGGGGUUGGUUUGGCGGGGCAGCCGCCCAAAAGCGAAAAGAUGCACCAAAGAAUGCCAUAUUGAUGCUGCGGCAACAGCUAGACAUGUUACAGAAGCGGGAGAGACAUUUGGAAGGUCAAAUGGCAGAACAAGAUGCGAUUGCCAGAAAGAACAUUUCGACCAAUAAGACAGCUGCAAAGGCUGCCCUUCGACGCAAAAAGCUUCAUGAAAGAACUCUCGAACAGACAUCUGCUCAGAUUGCCCAGGUUGAACAACAAAUCUACUCGAUCGAGGCGGCCAACAUCAACCAAGAAACUUUGAAUGCCAUGAAGAAUGCUGGUGCGGCCAUGAAACAGAUACAUGGUAACCUUACCAUCGACAAGGUGGACGCGACCAUGGACGAACUACGGGAGCAGCACGCACUUGGAGAGGAAAUCGCCACUGCCAUUACCAAUGCGCCGAUUGGCGAUCCUAUUGAUGAAGCCGACCUGGAGGAGGAAUUGGAGGGUCUCGAACAGGAAGCAAUGGACGAGAGAAUGUUGAAGACAGGGCCAACACCAGUUACUGGAGAGAUCAACAGGUUACCGGCCGUCGCUACCGGACCCGUCAAGAACAAUACUGUCGAAGAAGACGAGGAAGAAGAACUCCGAAAGCUCCAAGCCGAAAUGGCGGUAUAAGAUUUGGAUUGAUGAUAUGGCACCAUGGAUUAAUUCAAGGCCCUUGAUCCAACCAGACAUAGUGUGUCAUGGAGUUGGGUUAGUACACGCCAGUCUAUUGUGAAUGGGUUUUUUGUGGUAGAGGGCGUUGUCAGGCGGUGCUCUCUUCUUUUUUUUUUCUUGAAUGGCAGUAAGAUGCAAUGUCGAUCCGUAGGCCAGGUGUACAUCAUCUGUCGAUGGUGCACUGCCUCGACUAGAUCAGAGUGAUAGGGGAGGCCCUGUGUGGAUUGGACUGUGGUGACUGUUCAUACACAGCUUUUGCGUUAGUGAGACGUUUGAGCUUAGCAUAUCUAGUUGACAAUCACUUCUGACAUUGUUGGAUAUUUGAUAUGAGGUAUUGUUUUUGAGUGACAACUGGUUGAGGGGAGAUGUUAG